AGGUGCCCGGAGCAAUCAAUAAUGCCAAUCAAGAGCAAUGGCGGCAAGGCCGUGGCUGCUCCUACUCUGCGUCGCCGGCGUGGUGCAAGCUCGUGCUCAGCCCGACGCAACCGGUUUCAUCAGCAUAGACUGCGGGCUUCCGGCUACGUCGAGCUACGUGGACGACGCCAGCGGGCUGCGUUACGUCUCUGACGACGGCUUCGUCGACGACGGCGCCGGCGUUAACAGAAACAUCAGGACCGACAAUAAGAGGGUGUACCGUGACCUUCGCAGCUUCCCCGAGGGGGUGCGCAACUGCUACACGCUCCAGUCUCUGGAGGCCGGGCGCAAGUACCUCAUCCGCGCCUGGUUCAUGUACGGCAACUACGACGACCAAGGCCAGCCGCCCAUCUUCGACCUGUACCUCGGAGUCAACUUCUGGGCUACCGUGAACACCAACAGCAGGAACUAUUUCGAGGUCAUUACCCUGGUGCCGGACGACUUCGUGCAGGUCUGCCUGGUGAACACAGGCGUCGGGGUGCCGUACAUCUCGGCUCUUGAACUGAGACCAGUCAACAGCUCGUUGUACCCAGGCGCCAACACCAUGCAGAGCCUGUCCGUGAUUGCCAGGACAAAUUUCGGCGGCCUCGUCAUCAGGUACCCGGAUGACCCACUCGACAGGCGAUGGUACCCAGAUGGUCUUAACACAACAACAAUAUCGACAGCUGACGCGGUGCGUAACAGAGACAAUGACCCGUUCCAAGUGCCGUCGAAGGUGAUGCAGACAGCGGUCACGCCACCUACCGGAAACACCAUGACAGUUUACUGGAAUUGGUCCUAUACGUACGACCUCAUGACCAAGGACCCGACACCCAGUUACUUGUCCACCCUGUUCAUCUCCGAGCUACAGCUCCUUCCCAACAAAACCGUCCGACAGUUCUUCUACCACUACCGGGACGACGACGACGAUGACACGCAGACGUACUCGCCGAAAUACCUCUACACCGAGCCCAUAUACUGUAUGCAACCCUUUCAUGCCCAAACAAAAUACAGUUUCACCCUCAAAACCACUGCCAACUCGACACUGCCACCCAUCAUCAAUGCCUUCGAGGCAUUCGUCGUCAUCUCCACAGCUGAGUUGGGGACGGACUCCCGAGACGUGUCCGCCAUUAUGGCGAUCAAGGCCAUGUACAAGGUGCACAAAAACUGGAUUGGUGACCCGUGCGCCCCCAACACUUUUGUCUGGGAUGGGCUCACAUGCAGCUAUGUCAAUUCCAGUCGUCCAAGAAUCACCAAAGUAAACAUGUCCUCCCUUGGUCUCAGUGGCUUUAUAUCCUCCGCUUUCGCCAACCUUACUGCUGUACAAUACUUGGAUCUGUCAAAUAAUAAUUUAUCAGGCACGGUUCCUGACUCCCUUUCACAACUAUCUUCAUUGCAAUUUCUAGAUUUAACCGGGAACCAUCUCAGUCGAUCCAUUCCCCCUGGGAUUCUCAAAAGAAUUCAAGAUGGCACCCUCAUUCUGAAUUAUGACAACAAUUCGGAUUCAAGUCGCAUGAGUCAAGGGAAGAGCAAAUUGGCCAUGUACAUUGCUAUCCCAGUAGUUUUGGUUGUGGUGAUAGUAUCACUUGUACAACUAACCUACCACAUAUUGAGACGACAAAAUAGAGCGAGCAAUGUUGCUCGCGUGCAGAGCUCGCUGCAAUUUGAGAACCGUCGGUUCACGUACAGCGAACUGGAGACUAUCACCAACAACUUUGAGACUCUCCUGGGCGAGGGCGGCACAGCAUCUGUCUUCCGCGGAGUCCUGGAGGAGGGCACACAGGUAGCAGUAAAAUUACUAUCUGGUUUGCCCGAACAGGUCCCCGAGGAAUUCCUCACAGAGGCCCAGAUCUUAACACGGAUUCAUCAUAAGAAUCUGGUGUCUAUGAUGGGUUACUGCAAAGAUGGAGAGCACAUGGCGCUUGUCUAUGAGUACAUGCCUGAAGGCACCUUGCAGGAGCACAUUUCAGGAAAUGCCCACAACGGAAGAUUGUUAACCUGGAGACAGAGGCUAAGAAUUGCAGUGGAAUCGGCGCAAGGGCUGGAGUAUCUACACAAUGGAUGCAGCCCAACCUUUGUUCACCGAGAUGUAAAGCCCACAAACAUACUACUGAAUGCCAAGCUCGAGGCAAAGAUUGCAGAUUUUGGCUUCUCUAAGGUUUUCAUUCAUGAAAAUCAUACGCACAUAUCUACCGACAGAGUUGUUGGUACAUUUGGAUACAUCGAUCCAGAGUAUGUCAAUUCUACUUUUUUUUUACUAAAAAAUUAUUUCUUUUCCUCUUUAAUUUUAUUGUUCAUACAAUCAAUGUGCAUAGGUACUACACAAAAUAUGCAGUUGACGGUCAAAAGUGAUGUGUAUAGUUUUGGCGUUGUCCUGUUGGAGCUGGUCACAGGGAGACUUGCAAUCUUACGGGACCCAGAGCCCACUAACAUCAUUGAUUGGGCACUAGAAAGGUGGGAACAUGGUAACAUCGAGGGUCUUGUGGACCCAUGCAUGCGAGGGGAGCAUGAUCUUAACAGUGUUCGCAAGGUUGUAGAUACCGCAUUCAAGUGUACAACACGGGCUCCAACACAACGAUCCACCAUGUCUGAGGUGGUGGCACAGCUUCAGGAGUGCCUCAAGCUUGAGGAUGCUCAUGCCAAUGGUGAUGUUGCCAACAUUAUCUUUUACACUUGAAGCACCCAGUGAGGGUAAUGGAGUUACAAUGCGUAUGCCUCUGACAAUCAGUUCACCAACAGAGCUGGAGCAGCGCUGAUAUUGAUGUGUAGCACACUUUUCAAGUAGUACCAACAAUGACCUUUAGCCCUUCAGCGCUAUAAUGAUUCUUUUGCCCAUCUUCUUUUUUAGAAUUUAAGAUACUGGAAGCAGAUUUUAGUCCCUAAUUCUUUGAAAAAAAAUGUACACUAUCGUUCAUUAAAAUUUUAGAACUUUUAUAUUACAACCACCCCUUCAAAUGCUGUUCGUGGUGAUGCUCCUACCUCAUCCUUAGAACCAUCAAAUACUAUAUGUGUUGUUUGAUAA